AUGUUGAUUCGGUGGGCUUGGCUUUGCAUUCUUGGGUCUUUACAAGCGACCCUGGCCAUACCAUCCGCUGACGAACCGCGCGUUCUGGAAAUCGGCUUGAAAGACGAUGGCCAAAUUAUUAAUGAUAGGAAGAGAUUCGAAUUGAAUCUGGCCAAGACGGAUGAAAACUCAAGUUAUUAUAAGCAACUGAGUAAUCCAACAAACGACUCAUUGCUUCAGCUACAAAUUGCACGUGAUGAUCUGCGCCUAACUGACGAUCUCCCAUCGCGCCAUGUCGAAGUUCGUGUGGUGUACACAAGUAUAAUACCUUUGGCUCUAUCUUAUGAUUUGGAUUCUAUGCAAGCAGCCCAGUUACAAAAUCAAUCAUGGCACUGGCUUCCUCCGGCAAAUAAUCUCUCCCUGUCGAUUUUCAUCGACGUCGUUCCAAAACAGAUUGGAUUAUCAUAUUUACGGUUUUGGGUCCGUGAGGCGAAAAACUUGGGCUUCACUGAACCUAAGGCAUUCGUGCUCAACUCUUCCAGCUGGACCACACAACAUUACUUUGAUAGCCUUUUAAACACACCUUGGAGAUUCGAGCUUCUCGGUUUCCCAGUCAUUGUGCUGCGUGGCCAAGGUGUUGUGCAACUUGUGUUUCGUAUCGUGGUGGUCAGUAUGGUUACGAUUUUUACUUUCACAAUGGGCUGUGAAUUAGAUCCGGGGCUGUUAAAGGCCUACUUCCGAAGACCUAUUGGUCCGGCGAUUGGAUUUUGCUGUCAGUUUAUCAUAAUGCCUCUG